CGCAGAGAAUCUGGCCGGAGAUUUAGACUCACCGAGUUUCAUUUAUGACAAUUACUACCCUAACCGAGCAAGCACACUUUUAACAAGUGCCUCUUCGCUAGGAUUCUUUUUCUCCACGCCCGUGGAAUAGACUCUAAACAUCAUCAACAUCAAUGGAAGGAGCAUGAAAUCCUAAUGCCAAUCGUUGAACGAGCUUCUCAGUGAUGUAAGUCAAUCAGUCACACUUAGGCUAUUACGAGCAUUUAUUUACGCAUAUUUAAUCGUGAUUUUAAUAAAGCGUUGAUUUGGUUUCUUUCAUUUGUUGCGGUGCAGCUUUGCAUUGCAGCUUUUGCAUACGACCUUUGCUUUGAGGUGCACCCUGGAGAAUUGCGUAUCACUCAUUUUCGCGUCUCGUUUUAAACUGAAACGCUCGGUUGCAUCCUAUAUAUCAAAUACUUGAUCGGUUUUCCAUUCGUCUUGGAUUUUUUGUUUUGCCGUGCAGAAUCUACAGGGGAUAAUUUACAGUCGCAUCCCUUCUCAUCUUCACCAUGAAUUACCUGCGACGUCGACUAUCGGACAGUAAUUUCAUGUCCAACUUGCCCAAUGGCAUGAGCGAUGUACAGCGGCCCGAUCCGCCGCAGCAGAGCCCAGCCCCGGUGCUUUCGCCGGGCUCUCAAGAGAGGCGUCAACCCCCCAGCCAGUCUACCGGCGCCGGCUUUUUUUCCUCCAUUUCCAACGCCGUCAAACAGACCACCGCCGCCGCUGCCGCUACCUUUAACGAGGCCACCGAGAGAGGAAUCGGCUCGAGCAAUGCCAAGAUCCUCCUGGUCCUUGAUGACCAGCAGACAGACUGGGCAAAGGUGUUUAAAGGCAAAAAGGUUCAUGGUGAAUUUGACAUUAAAGUAGAACAGGCUGAAUUCUCUGAGGUUAAUCUGGUGGCUCAAGCAACAGGAAGCUACAGUGUGGAUAUUGAGGCCAUCCGCAAUGGCAACAAAAUCACAAAGUGUUUCAAGCCAGAUUUUGUGCUGGUGCGACAGCAUGCUUUUAGCAUGGCCAAGAAUGGCGACCACAGGAACAUUGUGAUUGGACUUCAGUAUGCUGGUCUGCCCAGUGUCAAUUCCCUUCACUCUGUCUACAACUUCUGUGACAAACCAUGGGUGUUUGGUCAGUUGUCCAGAUUGUACAAGCAGUUGGGUCCAGAGGAGUUCCCACUGAUCGACCAGGUUUAUUACCCCAACCACAAGGAGAUGAUCACUACACCUGGCUUUCCUGUGGUUGUGAAGAUGGGUCAUGCUCACUCUGGCAUGGGAAAGGUCAAAGUGGACAAUCAAUAUGAUUUCCAAGACAUUGCUAGUGUUGUAGCUUUGACAAAGACGUAUGCCACAUCUGAGCCUUUUAUUGACGCCAAGUAUGACAUCCGAAUCCAGAAAAUCGGUGACAAUUACAAGGCCUACAUGAGGACAUCUAUAUCUGGCAACUGGAAGACCAACACAGGAUCAGCCAUGCUAGAGCAGGUGGCCAUGUCUGACAGGUAUCGUAUGUGGGUGGACGUAUGCUCUGAGGUUUUCGGAGGUCUUGAUAUAUGCGCUGUAGAGGCAUUGCAUGGUAAAGAUGGUCGAGAUUACAUCAUAGAGGUGGUGGGCUGCUCAAUGCCUCUCAUAGGAGAUCAGCAGGAUGAGGACCGGGCUCUGAUAGCUGAUCUUGUUGUGGCUAAAAUAAACCAGACCGUGCCACGCACUUCAGCUCCCACUCCAGUCCGUUCUCAGGGCCCAGCUGUUUCACCUCAACCCAUCUCUCAGUCUAGUGUCCCCCAGGCGCAACAGCGCCCUCCUCCACAGGGGCCUGUUCAACUGACGUCAUCAGAGAAGGAAUGCCAUUCCAGAGGUGAAGGAGGUCCACAACAAGUAGCUGCUAACACUACUGCUGCCCGUCAAGGAGCCCCACCACAGCAGCGUCCGUCUCCCCAGGGCCAGCCCCCUGCCCAAACCCAGUCUGUGACCAGUCCUAAUGCUCAGAACCCCCCUGCCCAACAAACCCGGCCCAAUCAACCCCCACAGCGACAGGCCAGUCAAGGGGCCGCAGGUCAGCAGAGGCCCGCUACGGCACAGGGUCCCGUCCGUGGCCCGGGUGGCUCUCCUCAGUCACCGAGGCCCCAGCAAGGUGGUCCCCAACAGCAGCCACAGAGGCCUCAAACUGGCGGCCAGGGUCCCAAACCAGCUGGUCAGCCUCAGCAGAGGCCUCAGCAGCCAAGACAAGGCCAGCCAACCAGGCAGCCCACCCAGGGUGGACCACAGCCAACCCAGGACGCCCCUCAACCAGCCCUGCAAACGCAGAGCAGUCCUCGCCCUCCUACCACUCAGCAACCACGGCCUACUGCACAGAGCCAGGGAGGUCUAGGAGGCCCAGGAGGUGCACGACCUCCCUUGCAACAGAAACCCACACCUCCACAGAAACCAAGUCCUGAUCACCCAGCUCUGAGUGGAUCGCCACAGCUUAACAAAUCCCAGUCUCUUACCAAUACAUUCAACAUUCCAGAAACGCCGGCCGCCCAGCACCAAAAUCCUAGUCAGGACGAAGCCAAGGCUGAGACCAUCCGCAACCUUCGGAAAUCCUUUGCAAGCCUCUUCUCUGUGGAAUAAACACACACACACACACACACACACACAGAAACACAUACACAGACAGAGAGGUUAUGCAGUCUUUCUAAAAAUCAUACAAACACAGACACUUGUCAAUUAUACACAGGAAGGACCAAUUAUAUAGCACAUUGCAGUGCACUUCAGAUCUGUGCACAUCAAUUUGCAAUGCAACAUAAAUAAAACACUGCCUGCACUGCUAAAGACUGCAAUAUGAAGUGAGAUAUCACAGCAUUAUUGCAGUUAAAUCUUUUAACACAACUGAAUUCUUUAGACACAUUCCCAGUUUUUCGAGGCCAACUGAUGGAGGGAGGUGUGAAAAUAAAAUUCCACACACAGAAACACUCGCACGCACCCUUUUACACUACCUACACAGUGACUGGACCUGCAUACACUUAGCACACGUGCUUUGCCUAUUCAUUCCAGUCUCCUAUUAUUAACUAAUAAUCCUAGAUUGCUUUUGAAAAUGAAAAGUUUUGGUGGACAUUUUGUUGUAAAAUCAUCCACCGCCACGCUCUCUCAGAUAUAUGAUAUCUGAAGUAUGUCUGCUAAUUGUCUGAAGCAUGUUCUGUUACGAUAAGGGGCACCAUCUUAUGAUUUUAACAGUGCGCCACAUUGUAAUGUAACCAAAUGUUUUAUUGUUCCGUAUUUUACACGCUUGAGCAGGAUUUUAGGAUUUAAGCACAAGCUUCCAUCAUCGAAACUAACCCCCGCAGCUGUUAGUGCUAGCCACUUGCGUUACUUGCAUGUCACUUAAGGAGAACGUAGUCGCACAAUGUGGGUGGUCUUGCUUUGUGUCGUGUCUUUGCACCUAGAAAAGGUAGUUGUAGUGAAAACGUUGUUUCAUUUUCGUGAGCAAGCUGUCGCUGCUUCCCUGACGUCCCUUUUCCUGACAAGACUCACAAUUGUACACACUUCAACGUGUUUAAUAUGCCUUAGCCUGAUAGGCAUACAAAAAGAGAUUGGUUUUGUGCAAUCACAUAUGUCUCAGGGACGUCCUGAAGAGAAAGACGCAAUGACCUAGCGUCACUGAUCAGGUCUUCCAACCCAUUACUGUAUAGAGUUAUUGAUUGCGAAAGCCAGUAAAGGGAGGUAUCCGUCGAAUGUAUUUGUUUGCUACAUAAACAUGUUUGCACACUAAUACUGUAACACUUGAGAACAUAUGAGAUGGGUGAAAGCUCAGGAAGGUUUGUUGCAUCAAGAGAAGGUAUAUUUUGCAUGCCUGGAUGAGUAUGUAGGUGUUUGGAGCUGCUUGUUCGUCACACUUGGGCCCUAUGAAAACGCAAAGCUAAAAUACAAAGCCAAGGAUGCCAUCAGCAGCAAAUGUCUUCACAAAAAGAUCAUCUUUAGAGGAGAUGCUUUUCACAUGUUGGAUUUUAGACUAAACCGCAUUUAGUAUGUCCCAGUGUGAUCCCAGUUACACAAUGUGGAUCCUAAACCAACUACCCCUGAAACGCCAUACCCAAGGAGUUUAGAGCUGAACCGGCAGUGUCUUCCACAAGUGAGGAUAAAACAUCCCAAUACUGGUGUGUUUUAGGCAAUAUAUUUAGUCAAGGCCAUUCCAGGAGUCCCGACCCAAUCCCGAAUCCUCCUUUGCUUUCCCGCUCACCAGCCUGUUGUGUAUUCGCAGUGAUCCUUUUGUGACAAAUGGUGCGUUAAUGUGUAUAUAUAUGUAUAAUGUAAUGUUGUACCGUAAACUGUCUAAACCAAAUAGAAGUGUUGUACAGAUCUUAACUCAACAAACGAUGCAAACGCCCUGUAUUUGAUUUGAUUCUCAAAAGGUGAUCAUUGUGGGUCUUGCAUAAGACAGGAUUUUAACUUCAAUCAGAUGUGAUUUAGGUUGUGCAAUAUCUCCACUGUAAACUAAACCUAACAAGUCUGUGUUCUUUAUUUGACCCAUUUUGUGACAAAUGCAGUUGUUAAAAGUCAUCUUCAGUGUAAGUAGCUUGGUUCACAUAUGUGGUUAUCUAGAUGGUCCUCCAUGAUAUUGUUGUGGCUCAGGCAAACUUUCAGUGCUUUUCUGUGUGGUCAUGUUUUUACCAAUUAGGAUAGAUAUGUACUGUAUGUUAAAUGAUGGCUUUAAUGAAUGUCUAAUGACUAACUGUAUCACUGAUGCAAUCAGGUUUCGGAGGCAAAUGAAACUUAAGUCAUUUAUUUGAAUUUUGCAGAACUUAUGGAACCCAUGCCUGAGGUUUGUACUCCACAGUUUGGUUUAAGUU